AUGCUGCAGAGAUCGCAGCAGCAACGAGAGGAGGAGGAGGAGGGCUCAUCGACGCCAGUAGCGACGACACCACCGCCGUCGUCAGUAGGCAAGCGGCCAAGAAGGACGGCGAAGCCGCUGCUGCCGGCGGCGCUUCGUGGGAGGUACGAGCUGCACAGCCUGAGAGGGCAGGGCACGUUCGCGGAGGUCUGGGAGGCCAGGCAUCUCCGCACGGGCCACCAGGUGGCCAUCAAGAUCAUCCUAGCUGCUCCUCAAAGCCAAAUAAGCUUUGAGGUUUUCGUUAUGCGUCUGCUCAGCCUCCGGCAGCCGCAGCAUCCCCACAUCGUCCGCUUCUACGAGUACGAGGCCGUCCGCUCCCGCUCCGGCGACCACACCACCACCUACAUCGUCAUGGAGCUUGCCGAGCAAGGGCAGCUCCACGACCUCGUCGCCGUCCGGGAGCGGCUGCCCGAGGCCCAGGCCCGCACGCUCUUCCAGCAGCUGGUCGCCGGCGUCGCCUACUGCCACCGCAGCAUGGUCGUCCACCGCGACCUCAAGAUGGAGAACGUCCUGCUCGACUCCCGGGGCCACGUCAAGAUCGCCGACUUCGGCUUCAGCAGGCUGUGGGCCCCAGGGAGGCUGCAGGCGGAGAGCUGCGGGAGCCCGCAGUACGCGGCGCCGGAGCUGCUGGACGGCCGCCUCUACGAGGGCCCCGAGGUCGACGUCUGGAGCUGCGGCGUCAUCCUCUACGCCAUGCUCUGCGGCCGCCUGCCCUUCGACGCCGGCACCGACGACAUCUCCGACCUGCGCAGGAACAUCAGGCGCGGCGACUUCCGCCGGCUGCCGUCCUGGGUCUCCGACGAUGCCCGGGACCUCAUCUCCAGCAUGCUCAUCGUCCGCCCGCAGAAGCGAGCCACCAUCACCGAGGUCAGGGCGCACCGAUGGCUUCAGCAGGACAUGCCGCGGUACCUGCAGGCUAUGCUGCCGCCGCCGCCGACGACGGCCACCACCAGUAUUAUUAUUAGUCCCGACGCCCAGGAGUACCAACAACCGCGCGCGGUCGACGACGACGACGCUGCCACCGGCGUGGAGCUGCUACCAGUCACGCGCCACGGGUUCGACGACGAGCGCGGCGGUCGCGUACCACCAGCUGGUCGUCCUCACCGAGCAGCAGCAACAGCUCGCCAUGCCGCCGCCGCCGCCACAGUGGGCGCUGGGAGGAGGCUUGGACGGCGGCGAGCGAUCAGCUCCGAUCCGAUCCUCCACGCGCGAGACGACGACGCGCCACGGCGCUGGGGCAGCUGGGCGUACUAUGCAAUAUCCUCGUCAGCUUCUACCACAGCCACCGCCGCCUGAUGAUUAGGAUCGGAUUCGGAUGCUGGCAU